AUGAGUGCACAAUCCACCGAGCUCGUUUUCUUGAAGAAAAACGUGACCGUGUCGCCGUUGGUGUUGCUUUCAGUAGCGGACCACUACGACCGUGUGGCCCGUGACACCAAGAAACGUGCCGUUGGUGUUCUUUUGGGAGACGACUCGUCCGAUACAAUACAAGUGACCAACUCGUUCGCCAUUCCUUUCGAAGAAGACGAAAAGAACCCUUCGGUGUGGUUUUUGGACCACAAUUUCAUCGAGUCUAUGGGUGAGAUGUUCAAGAAGAUCAACGCCAAAGAGAAGCUUAUUGGGUGGUACCAUUCGGGCCCCAAACUUAGAGCGUCCGAUCUCAAAAUCAACGAUGUAUUCCGUAAAUUCGUCCCCAACCCAUUGUUGGUGAUUGUCGACGUGCAGCCACGUCCUGUUGGUAUUCCCACAGAUGCAUAUUUUGCAGUAGAUGACAUUAAACACGACGGCUCGAAAGCUGAGCGCACAUUCGUUCAUGUUCCAUCGUCCAUUGAGGCCGAGGAAGCGGAGGAGAUCGGUGUCGAGCACCUUUUGCGAGAUAUUAGAGACCAGGCCGCUGGCAGCCUUGCAUUGCGUGCCACCCAGAGCUACCAAUCGUUGUUGGGCUUGCACCAGAAAUUAAGAGAAAUUACGAAUUACCUCGAGAAGGUGUAUGAGCAAAAACUCCCCAUCAAUCACUCCAUUCUCGGCAAGUUGCAGAAUGUAUUCAAUUUGUUGCCUAACUUGGCCCACAGCUCGAUCAGCCCUGAAGCUCAACAAGGAGCAGUAACAAACGUUAACGGCGCUGACCCCUUGACUACCGCUUUCUCUGUCAAGACGAACGACAGUCUUAUGAUGAUCUAUGUUGGUACCUUGGUCAGAUCCAUCAUUGCUUUCAACGACUUGAUCGACAACAAGUUGGAAAACAAAAAAUUGAACGAAUCCAAGCUGCUUGUGGCUGAGCCACAGAGCGAGUCGACACAAGCCUCUGCCGCUUAA